AUGACCACUCAAGUUAGGACAUUUGCCUCGCCUCAGCCCCUCGGCCAGACUCUUGCUCUCGCGCCCUCAACAUUCGCAAGCACCCCGCGAACUCUUGUAGGCGAUACUCUCAAGCCCGAGGACUUGCGCAAGGACACCAACACGCCACCUUUGGACUCUGAGAGGCGGCCUUCCGUCUACACAAAGUUUCCCAUGUCGAGCGACUCCGGCAAGGGCGGCGCUACCUUUGCCAGUCAGGACAAGCUUCCCAAGCUUCCCAUUCCCGAACUCGCUGCGACGUGCCGCAGAUAUAUCGAGGCUCUCAAACCGCUUCAGACUGCGCGCGAACGAUCCGACACACAACAGGCUACCGAGGAGUUCCUGCGACGUGACGGCCCGGAACUACAAGAAAAGCUCAAGAACUAUGCGCAAGGCAAGACGAGCUACAUUGAACAGUUCUGGUACGAUUCAUACCUCAACUAUGACAAUCCCGUUGUCCUCAACUUGAACCCCUUCUUCCUGCUCGAAGAUGACCCCACGCCAGCCAGAAACAACCAGGUGACCCGUGCGGCCUCGCUCGUCGUCUCAGCGCUCGAGUUCAUUCGCGCCGUCAGGAAGGAGGAGCUUCCUCCCGACAUGGUCAAGGGCACUCCCCUGUGCAUGUAUCAGUUUUCUCGCCUCUUUGGCACGGCCCGCGUCCCCACCGAGGCCGGCUGCCAGAUUGAGCAGGACCCCAACUCCAAGCACAUGGUUGUCAUGUGCCACGGGCAGGUCUACUGGUUCGACGUCCUCGACGACAACUCGGACGCCAUCAUGACCGAGCGCGACCUUGCCGUCAACCUGCAAACCAUCAUCGACGAUGCCGUCAAGACUCCCAUCCAGGAGGCUGCCAAGGGAGCAGUGGGCGUGCUCAGUACAGAAAACCGAAAGGUCUGGUCCGGGCUCCGAGACGUCCUGACCCGCGAGCCCGAAUCCAACAACGCCGACUGCCUCAACAUUGUCGACUCGGCCCUCUUUGCGCUCUGCCUCGACUACAGCGAGCCCACCAGCGUCGCCGAUCUCUGCCAAAACAUGCUCUGCGGCACGAGCGAGGUUAAGAACGGGGUCCAGAUCGGCACCUGCACAAACAGAUGGUACGACAAGCUGCAGAUUAUUGUCUGCAAAAACGGCAGUGCUGGUAUCAACUUUGAGCACACGGGCGUGGAUGGUCAUACUGUGCUGCGUUUUGCCAGUGAUAUCUACACCGACACGAUUCUCCGAUUCGCGCGCUCCAUCAACGGCCAGGCGCCGUCGCUCUGGACAACCACCAGCCCGGAUCCUUCCAAGCGCGACCCGGAAAGCUUCGGCGACGUCAGCACCACCCCGCGCAAGCUGAGCUGGGACAUGAAGCCCGAGCUGAGCAUCGCGGUGCGCUUCGCCGAGACGCGGCUGGCGGACCUCAUUGAGCAGAACGAGUUCCAGUGCCUCGACUUUGGCACAUACGGCAAGAACUUCAUCACGUCGAUGGGCUUCUCGCCUGACGCAUAUGUGCAGAUGGCCUUUCAGGCAGCUUACUACGGGCUCUACGGGCGCGUCGAGUGCACGUACGAGCCGGCCAUGACCAAGGUGUACCUGCACGGGCGCACCGAGGCGGUGCGGCCAGUGACGGACGAGUCGGUCCGCUUCGUGCAGACGUUUUGGGGCGACAACCCGGUCGAGAAGAAGCUCGAGGCGCUCAAGGCGGCGUGCCAGCGGCACGUCGCCAACACGCGGACCUGCGCCCGGGCCGAGGGCUGCGACCGGCACCUUUACGCGCUCUACUGCGUGUGGCAAAAGUACGUCGACGGUUUCUAUAGCGACGUGUCGAGCGGCGAAAGCUACGGCACCGCCAGCCCUCCCCGUGAUGCGCUGUCCGACGGCGAGGAGCCGCCGCUGCGACCCUCGAGCAGCGCGUCCGACGGCGGCGCCGUCGAGGUCACCCGGCCCACGACCACGCGGGACCGCGGCGACAGCACUGGGUCGCGCUCCCGUGGCUCCUCCAGCCAGCAGGAGCUGCCGCUCCUCUUCGCCGACGGCGGCUGGGACAAGCUCAACACGACGGUGCUGUCCACGUCCAACUGCGGCAACCCGGCGCUGCGGCACUUUGGCUUCGGCCCCACCUCGGCCGAGGGCUUCGGCAUCGGCUACAUCAUCAAGGACGAGAGCAUCUCCAUCUGCGUGUCCUCCAAGCACCGCCAGACCAGGCGCUUCGUCGACGCGCUCGAGAGCUACCUGCUCGAGAUCCGCCGCCUCCUGCGCCUCUCCAACCGCAAGUCGUCGACGGCCAAGGUCAGCCGCGCGCGCGAGGCCGAGUCGUCCCGCCCGCAUGCCUCCGCCACCUCGAGUCGCGUCAAGAACCGCGGCCGGCCGCUGACCGGCACCGAGCAUAUCAAGAGCACCACCCAGGGUACGGAGACGCGGUCGGCCGUGGACGACAGCAUGCCUGCCAGCGACGACGAUGAACUAGGCGGAUAUGGAUUCUUCGACGCAGGCAUGCUCCUACAGGCGCUCAAGGCGCGCGAGGCCACAGAGGCGCGCAAGGCAGAAGAGGCUGCCGGGCCUGUUGAGCAGACGAAGCCCUCGGAGCGAGCAGCUGUCCAAGCGAGACGCCGUGGCGAUGUUGGCAAGAAGUUGCGCUUAGCGGAAUGA